CGCUAAGCCUGGAACCAUUAUCUAUAUUGAAAGCGUUUGAAUUAUUUUGAUGCCCGACUUACUGCUGUUUAUAUAGUUUCGUAAAUAAUCAACAACAAGUCACUAACAUGGCAGAGGCCGACAAAGACCAGUUUGAGGAUGAUGAUAAUGAAGAGGACGUUCAUAUUGAAACCAAACGGAAGAAAAUAUUUUCUAAAGAAUCAGUGCGCUGCAUGAUGUAUGGGUUUGGGGACGAUCAGAAUCCUUACACAGAGUCAGUGGACCUUAUUGAAGAUCUAGUCAUCGAGUACAUCACGGAAAUGACAAAGAAAGCCAUAGAGGUGGGUCGUCCAGGCAGGAUAUCAGUGGAGGACAUCAUCUUCCUCAUCAGGAAGGACCCCAAGAAAUACUCGAGGGUCAAAGAACUGCUCACAAUGAGCGAGGAACUGCGCAAAGCCAGGAAGGCCUUUGAUGAGAUCAAGUAUGCCACAACCAAGUGAGGAUAGACAGAGUUGUAGGACUUGUAUGCCACAACCAAGUUAGGAUGGACAGAGUUGUUGAACUUGUAUGACACAACCAAGUGUUGAUGGAGAGUUGUUGCCUUCGAAUUUGUAUACUGUAUUUAAUGGUCAAAUGUAGACAUUCACUCAAGUAUUCCACAAGCAAGUGUUGAUCGAGAGUUGUUGCCCUUGAAUUAUUAUCUUGUAUUUUAUUGCCAUGUUCAUACUGUGACUCUAGUAUGCCACAACUAAGUGACAAUGGACCAUGCCCAGAUGUGGACCUUGAAUUAUCUUGUAUUUAUUGGUCAUGUACUGACUGUGUCUCAAGCAAGUGACUUGCCGUUUUAAGGAAGAACUUCUUAUAAGAGGGCUAUUUGUGGAAGAUCAGUGUAGAAGAAAUCUGCAGCUGAAUGUUGUUAUCUCAAACUUGUUUAAGAGGAUAUUCAAGAUAUGUUGAAGUGAAAAGUCAUUCAACACAAGAUCCUCAAUCUAAUGGCUUAUUUUAAAGUUUCAAUUAAACAAUUGUUAAUGUCAAAGAGGACUUCUGCCACAAGAAAAGUUUUAAUAUUGCAAGCUGAAAAGCCCACACAUGGAAAAUUUGUUAAAUUCCUAUAUUGAAUAGAAAACAAAUUUGUGCUUAAGGUAAUUGAAAAUUUGGUGAUAUCUGGGAAUGAGGUCACAAUUUCAAACAAUAAUAACUUAAUAAAAGCGUAAUUUACUUAAAAGUCAAGCUAUGUAUUUUUAAUCUGCCAGUCUUUUUUGAGAUAAUACAGUUCAGCUGUAUUACAUCAGUUUGCAAUGUAAUUAUUUAUUUUUGUGUGAAGUGCAAGAUCACAAUUUCUACACGUUUGAAUACUGUGAUAGCAUAUUUAGUUUAACAUGUUUGUUCAUCACUUGGAAAUGUUUUAAAAAUUAAAUAUAAAUAGCUUUGUGCAAGAUAACUGAACAAGAAAAUUAACAUUUACUACCUGGUACACAAGAUAUAGUCACGAUUUUGGUGCCUGUAAAGAAGUGACAUACAUUCCUUACUAGGUACAUGAACAAGGAACUAAAUUCAAGAGCUGAAAUUUUUUAAGUGUUUUACUACAACCUUUUGCAGUGUAGGUAAAUUAUGUGUUGUUAUGAUUGAUAUGCUAUUUUUCAUUUUAUUUCUUUUUCUUUACGAAGGGUUCAAUUACCGGCCAUUGUUUUCCCUGCCAUCUUGUUUAUAAAUCAAUUACAUUUCGAAAUAAAAAUGGAAGACAACAA